CGACUGCUGUUCGUCGUUGGGGCAAAGCAUAGUCCUCGAAAGUUUACCACUCCGAUUUCUAGGGUUUUCAUUUUCUCUGUAUCCGAAGAAAAAUUGCGAUGGCUGGUCGUUUCAGAUCGACGUUCUCUCUCUUCAACAGGAUCUCGAGAUCGGACACUCUAUCCUCCGUUGGAUACUUUCGCCGCGCAUCGCCGCUUAUCCCUCAGUUGACCAGUGGUUUCGCCUCUGCUUCGGGUCAAAAGGGCGGUGAUGUUAAGGUGCCCCUGGUUUUGACCGGUGAAUCAGGGAAAUAUGCUACAAGCUUAUACCUUGCAGCUGUGAAAACCAAUGUCUUGGACAAGGUUGAGUCAGAGCUUCGUGCAGUUGUUGCGGCAACAAAGUCUAGCCCAACCUUUGGACAGUUUACAAAGGAUCUCUCGGUUCCUAGGGAUACCCGUGUUAAGGCUAUUUUCGACAUUUGCGAGCAAGCUAAAUUUACUGAGAUCACGAGGAACUUCCUUGCUAUCUUGGCUGAGUCUGGGCGGCUGAAGAACAUUCAGAGCAUCUUGGGAAGAUUUUUUGAGCUCACCGAGGCACACAGAGGAGAUGUCAACGUUUUGGUCACCACAGUUAUGGCUCUUCCCCCCGCGGAGGAGAAGGAACUGAAAGAGACACUCCAAGAUGUAAUUGGACAAGGGAAGAAGGUUACAAUCAAGCAGAAGAUUGAUCCCAGUAUUUACGGUGGGCUCAUCGUGGAGUUUAACCAGAAGGUGCUCGAUAUGUCCAUUAAGACGAGAGCAAUGCAGAUGGAGAGGCUCCUCCGUGAACCAAUUGACUUCAGCAACCUCUGAUCACCCUGCAUCGGACCUUUCUUUUUUCAGGUUUUUACCCCUUGUUCCUAAAUGAAAAUUUCCGGGGAGCGAUAAAAAUGUCCUCAUCUGUGCCAUUAUUUUGUUCACUUUCUGUUUGUGCUAUGCAUUGUUGCUGGGCAUCACGAAUCAAUUAACGAAUAAAUGCCCCUCUCCUUUCGGAUUUCUUUCGUGA